AAGAACUCAACUAACAGCCAGUAUUUCAGGAAAUGCGCAGUAAAAUAGAGGAAAGAACUCAACUAACAGCUAGUGCGGGAAUAGCUUCUAAUACUUUUCUUGCCAAGGUCUGCUCCGAUAUAAACAAACCUAACGGACAAUAUGUACUGCCGGCAAAUCAUGCAGAUAUUCUAGAGUUUGUAAACAAACUACCAAUCAGGAAAGCAUCAGGAAUCGGGAAUGUUCAAGAGCAACUGCUGAAAUCUUUAGGUGUUAAUACUUGCGGUGAUCUUUAUCUAAAGCGAGGGGAGAUCAAACUUCUUUUUUCUCAGUUGAGCUUUGAAAAUUAUAUGCAAAUAUCUCAGGGAAUAGGAGGAACUAGGCUGGAACCUCGAGAGGACAGAUUAAGAAAAUCAAUGAGUAACGAAACCACAUUCAAGGAGACUUCAGAUAGAAACAUUCUAAUAGGUAGGACACUUAUUCCAAUAAUAUAA